UUUUUAGAAGGGGUUAGUGAACGGAGAAACUGUCAAUUAUGUAUGUUGUGCUUCCUUCAAUGUUGAGUCUGUUUCCUUUUGUUCUCAAUUAGUUCUGAGCUCUUGAAAAAUGGCUCAACCUCUACACCAUGUGGAUACACCGUUCGAAAAAGCUACCUUCGGUAUGGGCUGUUAUUGGGGUGCUGAAUCCCUUUUCGGUGUUACCAGGGGUGUGCUGCGAACCUGCGUCGGUUAUGCCGCCGGAACGACCGAAUCUCCAAAAAGCAAGCAACUAGGGGAUCAUGUUGAAGUGAUCGAGAUUCAGUACGAUCCCACGGUAAUAACUUAUUCCGAGCUGCUGGAGAUAUUUUGGAAAAAUCACGAAUAUCGUGCUUCCGCUCGAUUAAAACGCGAGUAUAUGACGCUAAUAAUGUAUCACAGCGAGGACCAACGCCGACUAGCAGAAGCCAGCAAGAUCAAGCGGCAAGCUGAGGAAGCAGACGAGCUGAUCGCCACAGAAAUUGUUCCGGAAGGUCCGCUUUACCCGGCGGAAAACCAUAACCAGAAGUAUCGUCUACAGGGUCAUGUUGAUUUGUUUGAUGAGCUUGGAUUAACACCUGAAUUAUUAAGAACAUCGCAUGUUGCAGCUCGGCUCAAUGGUUAUUUAGCUGGACUUGGAGGCUUAAAACAGUUCGAACUGGAAGCCAAUAAGUUGGGGUUGUCAGAGAAACAAAUUCAAUAUGUUAGGAAUUUUCUCAUCCAAAAUGAGGGAGGUGGAUUGUCGUGUUGAUUUGAGAAUGUUAAUUCAAUUUCCAUAUCAUUUGGGAAUUUUAAACUUUUCAAUGCAAUCAAGAUUCAGCGGUGAAAUUGGACACUCAUUCCAGUGAAAUCACGAAUCGAAAUAAAGAUACGGCCUGAUCAA